CAACCUUCGGCUUGUACGGACUGUCCGACAUGCUUGACUGUACGAUUCCCAACCCCACAAUGCGAGCCUUGUAAGGCUGGGAACUUUUCACAAUUAGUGACCACUGUCGAAUGUUUCUAACCUUACGAAAUUGCAGCUACCACAAUGCGCCACGGUAAUGAACGCUGAAAGGGUGGGGGGAAAUAUUGUUGUCACCACAAAAACGUACAUCAUACUAUCCACUGUCCUCCCAGCACGAACAAAUGAGGGUCGAGUUGGCAUCAAUAGAUGCGGUGACUAUACCACAGUACCUCCCGUCCGUGAAACAUUAGUCGAAUCAAGUUCGUGUGAUGGUUGUCUGAAAGUACCACGCAUGGGUUGCGAAAGCUUAAAUGAGAAAUGGUUGAACAAACGCCGGUAGCACUUUCUACUACAGUCAGGGGCCCACUGUUCGCUUCACCGAUGCCACUGCACCUUGGUCUCUUUUACAACCCAGACAAAAGCGCAAAGUGUGGAGAGUCAAAACUCAAGUGCGUGCGGUUAAGUGCGAUUGAUAGCGUAGAUGUCAGCAAAGAAUUCGUGGUGUGUAACCAUCCAAUCUACGGAGUAUCAAGCAAGCUAGUGACACUGUCUAGAUAUUUGACCAUCUGCUGGAGAGUCGGAUUGAGCAGGUGGGUUGUCCCCAAAGCGACAUUGCCCAUCACCCAUCACCAGAGCAGGUGUGCCUCCAGAAUAUUCCGAGUACGUACGGAGUUCCAACGGUACCAAGCUCAUAUUAUUCUUAAGCCCUUGCUUUCUGCAAAAAUGGCGCAGGGUUCGCAUAACCUAGUCAGGGCCCAGUUCAAGGAUACUUGCGGGAAAGAUUGUUCCAGAUCUGUGCUGGCCAAGACGCCGAAAUCAAUGGCAACGUAUCUGCCUGCUAGUCAUGCUAAUCUCGGAAUUUCUUGGAAACAUUUUCUUCCAAAUAUGCCGAUUCGGCCGCAUGUUCUGACAAUAGCGUCAUAGAAUGAGCACCAGUGUGUCUUGUCCCGUCAGCCCUGCCACUGCAAUCAACGGCCUGGCUGGGCAGUAAGGCUGUUGUGCUAAAGAUAGUUCAAGGUCUCCAGUUUUCGCUGUUGAACUUUCUGCUAGCCUGGCGAUCGACCUGGUCAUUAUCCAGAACAUCGAAAUCAAGCACAGUAGGUCCACGCCAGGG